AUGUCCAAGGGUUUAAUCUCUCUGUUCCAAUUCCCAACGCAUGUGGCGCCUGGGGAAGCCGAAGCGGAGUGUGCGAUGCUUCAGCGGGAAGGCGUCGUGGACGCAGUCAUGACACAGGACGUUGAUGCUCUCAUGUUUGGUUCUGGCCUCACGCUAAGGGAUUGGUCGAAGGAGGCAAAUGGAAAGAAAGGGAACAAGACGCCCACACACGUGAGUGUUUUGGAUUUACCACGGGUCAAGAACAUGUGCGGGCUCGAUCCCGAGGGAAUGAUCCUGGUCGCGCUUUUGAGUGGUGGUGAUUAUGACGAGGAUGGUGUCGCCGGAAUUGGAUGUAAAUUGGCAUGCGAGAUCGCGAGGGCGGGCUUCGGGAGCGAUCUUGUGGAACUGGUGAGAAAUGGAGAUGAAGACGGGAUCACGGAGUGGAGGGAACGGUUGCAAUUCGAGCUGGAGACCAACGAGAGCGGCUACUUCAAAAUGAAGAGGAAGUCGGUUCGGAUCCCUGACAGCUUCCCGAACCGAAAAAUACUAGGAUAUUACAUGAACCCGGCGGUGACACCAGUGAGCGAAAUGGAGAGGUUGGAAAGGAAAUGGGCCAAGACUUGGGACGAAGAAAUCGAUGUCCAAGCCCUACGCGACUAUGCGGCUGAUAUGUUCGAAUGGCUGUACAAGCCAGGUGCAUGGAAGUUUGUGCGAGUCAUGGCACCGGCUCUGCUCGCGGAUGGGCUACGACGGGACAGGGCAACAUCGCAUCUGACCUCCGUCGACCAAAUCACUGAACAAAGACAGCAUUUUGUGAGUGAUGGAAUUCCAGAACUCAGAGUCACAGUAGUUCCAGCCAAAGUCGUCGGACUGAAUCUCGACGCGGAAGAGGACAGCCCAACGUACCUGCAACUUCUUGCCGAGGAGGAGAAUGAAGGGGCUGAAGGAGAGACGGAACACGCAGAGAUCGAUGAAAAUGCUCCUCUGAGCCCAUCCAAGAAGCGCAAAUCUCCUGCCUGGCUACCUGAUGCGCCAGAGAAAAUGUGGAUUGCCCAGACAAUUGUCGAGAUCGGGGCUCGAGAGCACGUCGAGCAAUGGAAACGGAUCCAGUUCGAGAACGCUAAUGAUCCCAAGAAGCUUGCGACACGGAAAUGUCCCAAGAAGAAAGAAUCGAAAAAGCCGAAAGUGAUUGGAGGUAUGCAACCGGGGGCUCUUUUGAGCUACGUCGUCCCUGCAGACCAGUCGACGGAGCUUGAGGUGUCCAUUGCCGUGCCCAUCAAAUCGCCCCGUCGUCGCGCAGGGGCCAAUAUCAGUGCACCUCGAAGAUCCAAACCCAAGUCGAGCAAGCUAGAAGAAGGGUACCCCCCAACGAUGCUGGGUUUCUUCAAGUCCACCAAGGGUAGUCAACCUUCGCACAGCACAAUGCCAGCACGCGACGCUGCAUCAUAUGACCUUGUUAAACCUGGUGCCGGCAAUGACGAUGAUCCAUUAACGCUCAGCAACGAGUCCCGGGGCGAUAAACACCCAAGGCCCUCGACUUCAAGCCCGCCGGAAACAGGACAGCGGAUUGGGCUUCAUUGGAUCAAAGCCGAAAACUUUGGCAAUUGGGACACAGGGAGAGAAGCUAUCCGGCAGCCCAAUGAAAGAAACGACGCCAACCAUCUCUUCGCCAAACCAGGGAGAUUUUAG